AUGUCUAACGAUCAGUCGCUCCUGGAGCGCAUCGAGAUGCCUAGCAUCCCUGAGGCUGCUAUGAAGAAGAUUGCCGUUCUGGAGGAGCGCUUCGCUCGCGCUGAGGUUGAGCAGUUGCGCCACAGUGUUAAGUUGAUGGCUCCCUUGAUCCAGCAGCGUAGCGAGAUCAUCACAUUGCCCGAUGUGCAGCCCGAGUUCUGGAUGCGCGUGUUCGCCAGCGCUCCCCAGGAGAUCGACGAGUAUAUCCUGCCUCGCGACGCCCAGGUCCUCGGCGAGAGCCUGAAGAACCUCACCGUUGAGCGAUUCGAGCUCGAUGCCCAAGGCAAUGGCGAGCCCCGCAGCUUGCGCUUCAUCUUCGAGUUCAAGACCGGCGAGGAGAACCCCUUCUUCACAAACGAGAAGCUCGUUAAGGAGUUCUACUGGCGCCAGGAGAUUUCCAAGAGCGCCGCUGGCCGUACCCGCACUUGGGAGGGAUUGGUGUCCGAGCCUGUCCGCAUCAACUGGACCAAGGAUAUGGAUUUGACCCGGGGUUUGCUUGAUGCUGCUUGCGACCUUGCUGACGCUGAGAAGAAGAAGGGCGGUGACCGCAAGAAGCUGCCGGAGUAUGCUGCUCUUGUUAAGAAGGUUGAGGAGGCUGAUGCUGAGGCUGCCGCUGCUGAGGACGCCGAUGAGGAUGACGAGGAUAUGCCCAGCCCCGUUGGUAUGAGCUUCUUUGGAUUCUUCGGAUACCGUGGCCGUGAUGUCUCCGCUGCUCAGUCCAAGGAGGCUGCUAAGGAGAUCGAGGCCCGCUGGGCCAAGGUCCUGCGAGGCGAGGAUAUCUCUGAGGGUGAUGAGGACUCUGACGACGAAGAUGAGGAGUCCAGCGAUGGGCUGGAGGAGGCUGAGAUCUUCCCCGACGGUGACGACCUGGCCGUUGCCAUUGCCGAGGACCUCUGGCCCGAUGCGUUGAGCUACUACGUUCAAUCCUUCCAGAUUGGCGACGAGCUCGAAGAUAUGGACCUCGAUAUGGAAGAGUUCGAGGGAGAGGACUCUGAUGAAGAAAGUGAGUCGCGCCCGCGCAAGAAGGCUCGCAAUUAA